AAAGUACUGCAUGGCGGAUUAGCAAAGAGAGGCAAAGACGCCUGAGGCUGAUCGCCUCGAGAGAGCUGAGCUCAAGCUGACCUCACAUGAGCCUGAGGGUGUUGAAGUUGAAGGCAACGCGGAAGCCUAGGACUAGGAGCUUGCCGAGUUUCUAACUUAGGCUGAGCUGCAGAGCCAGCAAGGGGUUCAGGCAGAUGAGGGCAAGAAGACGGCUAGGUGGCAGCGGCGGCAGCUCUCUGGUUUUGGAUCAUCUGCGUUUUUAUGUAUUGCUGUCGGUCGGCUAAGAACUUUGAGAGCUGCAGGAGCUGAGGUCUGGCGCCUAUCAGCUGGAAUGAAUUGACUGGUUCCAAUUAGAUUGGUUUGCGAGGCGCAAAAACAAGUCAUCUAGACAACAGACAUAAAGGUCGAUUUGUGAGGCUUUGAGCUCGGAGCCCUUGCACAAUUGUUGCAAUGAAAGAUGCUUGAGGUCAUUGGAUCCUCAAUCAGGGGUUUGGGCGGGCAUAAGAUCCGAGCAACAAGAUUUCACGAAGUGACACACCGGUGUGGCUCAGUUUGAAGGCGCCGCAGUUACAUUGACGCAAGAGGUAUUAAAAGCUGUGGGGGCCAAACAUGGAGUCCCACCACACCAUAGCCGUUAAAUCUCAAAGCCCUGUAGGAUCCGGCCCCAAACCCCAGUCGCUUUUGCCCGAGGAAUCUCCCGUUGACCCCCGCCAUGCCCGCUUCCCAUACUGCCUCGUCUGGACCCCCCUCCCCAUAGUCGCCUGGCUGGUGCCGUUUAUUGGGCAUCUUGGCAUCUGCCAAACAAACGGUGUGAUCCUCGACUUUGCGGGGCCGUUCUUUGUGAACGUCGACAACUUUGCGUUCGGCGCGACCGCACGGUUCCAUCGGCUAGAUCCGAAGAAGCUGUCACACGGCCCGCAGCCCAGCAUGCUCCCCAUCCAGCAGCCGAGUCUCAAUCUGCCGCAAGGCGAGAACCCGUGGGACGACUCCCUCCGGGCCACGAUGCGCCGCUACCAACACCAGCAGUACAAUAUCUUCACGUGCAACUGCCACUCGUUCGCGGCCGCGUGCCUUAACACGAUGGCCUACGGAGGGAAGGAGAACUGGAACGUUGUGGAUAUGGUGUUUUUGAUCUUGUGUAGAGGCCAGUGGGUCAGCGGGUGGGCGAUCGUGAAGGCGUUUGCGCCUUUCGUAGUCAUGAUGGGUAUUGGGGUGUGGGUUGCGCGGUGGUACUUUUUGGUCGGGUGGGCGGUGUUUGGGGGCCUGAUCACGGGCUGGUUUUUGUUGGGCACGUAUGUAAUCAAAGGGCUCGUCCACGUGUAGUAAUACAGAAGGUGUAAAUUAGAUUGCAUACUCUUGUUUCCCAGCAGAGGUUGGCAAUUAGUCGGAUGGAGACCGCUUGUAGAAUGUCAAAGAAUGAAAAGUCUGUAGGACAAUCUACAAGGCCUUAGUACAGUGAUCCCCACCAAGGCUUGUCACAUUACUGGAUCGGUUUUCAUCUUAAGGACUCGUCAAAAAGCGGGAGUCUCUGCCUAAGCCCAGCUGACGGUGCUCAUUGUCCCUCGAGUUCAAUUGCAGCUAGUGGAAAGCUAGCCAUGUAUGGCUUGC